AUGGCUCCUAAAACCAAACGUCUUAAAAAAGCUACAUCUACUCAAGAACCACCUUUUCCUCCUCUUGUGUGUCCUAUACCUCCACAACCAUAUAUUGCUCCACCUAUACCUCCUACUCAGCAACCAUAUAUUCCUUCUAUGUCGACCCAUCCACAUGUUCCUCCUCUUAUGGCUCCUACUCCACAUCCACAUAUUCCUCCUUCUAUGGCUCCUACCUCACAUCCACAUGUUCCACCUAUAGUGGAUACUACUCAUCAACCACAUGCAGGACGUGAGUCGAGUAGAGUAUGGACUGUACAUGUUAUAGAUGAGCAGGGAAAUACAAAAAAAAUCCAGUUGACGAAGCCAGGUGUAUUUGAGAUGCCUCGUGGUGAACAUUCAAACAAUGUUCCCAUUAACUUUGAUAGUUGGCCAAAGGUUCCAAAGUCAUACAAGGAUGAUUGUUUUAACAUUUUAAAGGCAUCAGAAAGGUCUGCUGAACGUUAUUGUUCCCUUUGCAUGGCAAAUAAGUAUAGAAAUGAAAAGAUGAAUUUGUGGAACCGUGUUUAUGAUAGUUCAUUAUCAAGAGAACAAUUAAUUGCUAAUGUCCCUGAUGGUAUUCAAAAAGAUCAAUGGUCUUCAUUUGUUGAUUAUCAUCUAAAUGAAGAGUAUAAGGAAGUAAACCUUGGACGUGCUGUGGGUAGAGGAGAGUUGUAUAUUGAGACUCAUAAGAAAAGAAAUGGAUCUUAUGUCAAUGAAGAGGCAAAGUCUAUUGCAGAGAAAAUGACACAAGAAAUGAGUCAAAGUGUUAAUUCUAAUGAAAUCUCAACUGAUGAUUGUGUUAGUAAAGUGUUGGGAAAGGAUCAUUCUGGACGUGUACGUUGUUUAGGACUAGGAGGUCUUCAUAGUGUUGCAUUUCAAUCCACGACUAGAUUUAGUAAUGUAGGGCACAAUUUCUCAAAAUUUGGUUCAGCUGAAAGUUCUCAAUUGAAAGAGGAAGUUAUUAGUCUGAGGGAAAAGUUAGCAACUUCUGAAGAAAAUUUAAAGACAUUAAAAAGUGUCAUGCUUGCAUAUAUCCAAAUGAAGGAAGGGCAUAUUCCUCAUGAGUUGGGAGUCAUGUUUGAUAAUGAGACUAAUGUAAUUGAUGAAGAGAGUGGCCAAGAAGUGCCAACACCACACGGAGGAUCAUCACUUGAUAGUAAUUUUCAUGGAGUUUGA